AUGGUUAGUAAAAAAGCCACAAAACUUGAAUCGUGUGAUCAUCAUUUUGUAGCCAUUUAUUUAGACAUUGUUUAUAUAACAACGAUGGAGCAAGACAUACUCUCGCAAUUGGGCUUAUCUCAAGGCGUGAUUUCAUCAUUGCUAAAUAAAGGCAUCAAUAGUAUAUCAGUUGGAGUUAAUGCUGGAACACCGCCGCCUGCAGUUCCAAAGUUAUUUCGAUGGAAAUAUUUAAAUAAAAGCAUUGUUGCAUCAUUUCAUCCUGGUGGUUACCCUAACAAUCCUGGCCCGACUCCAAUCGAUCCUAGAGGUCUUUCAAGAAAUGACUGUAUAGUUUUGGAAGGCUUCAAGCAUGCUUUAUGUUUUGUUUUUAGAACAGAUAAUUCGGGACCUCCUGAAAAUGUUCAGGUGAUUGACUAG